AUGUGUCCUGCUAUGGAGUUUACUGAGGAAUCAAAGCCGAACAUGCAGGCUUCUGUUACCACCUUAGUGGCUUCAAACAGCCUUUCAAAGCCCUUAAAGCCAUCACCAAGCUCACCACCUUCUGCCAAUUCUUCACCACCUUCACCAAGAGGUCAUGGUCAUGAUCAUGUGACAAAUCAAGAAAAUAUUGAUGGUGAUGAUGACAACUAUUUCAAUAAUUUUCCAUCCGGUUAUAGGUUUUGCCCUCACGACCAUGAGCUGGUUUUGUAUUACUUGAAGAAUAAGGUCUGUGGGCUGCCAUUGCCAAGGAACAGGAUUGUUGAUGUUACCCUUUAUCAACACAAUCCCGAGGAGCUUGCAGUUGAUCUUGUUUCAGAGUAUAAGAUUUACAAGAAAACUGAGAAGCCUGUCAAAAAUCAAGAGCAACAUUCGACACGGAGAUACCAGCUCCGUUUUGGUCCAAAUGAUGUGGCUGCUACAGAUGCUGACUGCAACAGUGGUACUGAUUCUUGGGAAAAUCCAAGGCAGCAACAGAAUAUAACUCCUUUAGCUGGAUUUGCUGAUGCCGCUUACUUCCGCAACGGUUAUUCUGCAGCCCAAGUCCCGAUUCUAUCAGCCACUUAUGAAGAUACUGUCCCAUUGCUUCUGAGUUCUGACUUUCCUAAAGGGUUACAAGAAGAAUCAUGGAAUCAUCCCACUUCUCAUUUUGAUCUCGCUGAUACAUUUUGUUUGUAUGAUAGCAUGGAAGAUCGUCUUGAGGCCAUUAAUAGUUUUUCAAACAACCACCCAGCUGUGAAUCUCCAUAUCAAUCCUUCUGCUUCCUCCACAAAUUCUGCAAGCAGUGGUCUGUCAACAUCAGCAAAGACUGUUCCCCAGCAUCUACCUAAGUGGUUUUAG